CGCCUGUUCUGUCAAUGGGCGAAAGGAAUUUGCUGAACAAGUUUUAGAAAUAACGGAGUGCAAAAAUGCGUGCUGGAGUAAACAAGAGAAUAUAUAUUCUAUUCACGUAGCUGCAAAUUUUCUUCACGCUGACAUUUUAUCACUUAUUCUAAAUGAAGAAUGUGAUGUGAAUAUGCUUACGCAAAACAACGAAUCUCCCCUUUUCUUAGCAGCAACGGCAGGAAAAUACACUCUUCAAAAUAUCUCUUGGACAUGCAACUUAAAGUUCAGUGAUCCUAGUAAAACCUUCGACGAACUGUUAGAGGACAAGCGUCUGCAGACAUUGAUCCUACUUGUUCGGAAAGGUGCGGAUGUCAACAUCCAUCCUGUUACACUUCCAACAGCUCUUGCCUUUACAUGUCAGAGACAAAAUGUUGACAUUGUUCGUUUUUUGCUCGAUAAUGGUGCAAAUGUAAAUGAAACUGGCGAUGAAAAAUUGUCUCCUUUACACUUUGCAUCCAAGGUUGGCAAUUUAGAAAUAGUUCAGUUGCUUUUAGACAAGGGUGCAGAUGUUCAUAUGAGGAGCAAUGGAGGUCUUACACCGUUAUAUUUUGCAUCGUUAAGUGGAUAUGAUGCUGUGGUCGAACUUUUUCUCAAACGAGGAACAUAUGAUGAACUCAAGGAAGAGACAGGAUACACUCCUUUCUUUGUAGCUUGUAAGCAUGGCCAUACAAACAUUGUCAAAAUGUUUCUACAGCACGAUCCUUGUGUUAAUUGUACAGUAGCAUCAGGUACCUCGGCAGUUUCCAUUGCUGUUAGGAAUGGCCACGAUAAAAUUGUUGACAUGCUUCUAAAACAUGGAGCUGAUGUAAAUAUCGUUCAAAAAACAACAAUGAUAGGUCCAUUGUAUUCUGCAGCCUCUCGUGGAUAUGUUUCAAUAGUAGAAAUACUAUUAAACUGUGGCUUGGAUAUUAAUUUGAAGACGAAAAAAGGAGAUACGCCCUUACUUGUUGCAUCAAAAAAUGGCCAAUAUUCAACUGUUCAUUUUCUGUUAAAAAAUAAAGCAAAUGUAAAUCAAGCCAACGAUUUGAAGAGAACUCCCCUACACUUUGCUGCAGAACAAGGUCAUCUUGAUAUUGUGUCGUUAUUACUGGAGAAUAAAGCAGAUGUUGAUGCAUGUGCAAAAAGUGGAGGCACUCCUUUAAUACUGGCCUCAGGUUGUGGGCAUGAGGAUGUUGUGCAGGAACUUCUAAAUCAUGAUGCGGAUGUAAAUAUGUCUAACGGAAUGGGGGCUACUGCUCUUUUUGUUGCUUCAGAGCACGGUCACGCUCAAGUUGUAAAAAUUUUAGCAAAAAAAGCUGAUGUAAAUUUGUGUACAAAGAAUAAAAGAAGUCCAUUGUUCAUUGCAUCGGAAUUUGGUCACCAUGAAAUUGUUCAAGAAUUGUUGUGUCACGGUAGUAAAGUGAACGGAGCUGGCUCAAAAAAUCCUUUAUUGGUCUCUUCAUAUUCUGGACACGAGAAAACUGUUGCUCUACUUGUUGAAAAUGGGGCGAAAAUCAAUGAAUGCGAUGACGAGGGAAACUCUGCUUUAAUGAAUGCGUCAAGAAGAGGGUGGAUUAAUGUGGUCAAAAUCUUGCUGAAGAAUAAUGCUGACGUCGACAUCUGCGAUGACGAUGACGAUCAAAAUGCUCUAUCUAUGGCAUGUUUUAGGGGACAUUCAGAUAUUGUGAAACUUUUACUUGAUCAUGGCAUGGACAUUAAUAACGAUGGUGACGACGAGAAUUACACGCCUUUACAACGAUCUUUAGAAGGGAACCGUCUCUCAACAGCCCUACUUCUGUUGGACCGCGGUGCUGAUGUGAAUACAAUUGUUGACGGUUCAACUGCUGUUUCUUUGGCAUGCUCUGCUGGAUUGAAAGAAGUUGUUGAUAUUCUUUUAGAGCGUAAAGCCGAUGUCAAUCCCAAACAACCAGAUGGUUCUCCUGCUGGCUCCCCACUUCUUGCUGCCGUGAAGGAAGGUCAUUUUCAGAUAGUUAAGGUUCUAUUACAGCAUGGUGCUGAUACAAACUAUACUUCAGGGUAUGCUACUGAAACUGUAUUGAUGAAAGCCGUACAGAAAAAUCAUCCGGGUAUAGUCAAGCUACUUCUAGAAAAUGGUGCUAAUGUCAACGCAAAAGAUAAUUUUGGAAAUACAGCUCUGCAUACAAGUGCUUAUUGUAACAGCAAUGCCGAUUCUCUGUCCAUUCUACUUAAAUACAACGCUGAUGUGAACGUUUGCAAUCAGGAAGGAACCACGCCUCUGAUGAUGGCUCUGGAUAAAUUUAAUGCAUCAUUGAAGUUCAUACAAGCACUGGUUGAUCAUGGCGCAGACGUCAAUGCGCGUGAUAAUGAUGGACAACUUAUUUUACAUUUUGCCGCUGGAUGCUCUAAUGGACAGAAGUGCAUACCUCUCCUCCUGAAACAUGGUGCUGAUGUCAAUGCACGUAACGAAAACGGCGAAACUGCUCUCCAUGAGGCAAGCUAUGUUGGUUCUUAUAAAGCUGUGAAAGUACUUCUUAGACAUGGAGCAAACGGGACUCUUCGCUCAAAAGCUGGUCUCAGUCCACUUCAUAUUGCCAAAAGAGAGGGACGUGAAAAAGUUGUUAGAAUUCUUUCUGAGAGAUUUGGGGAGAGUGAUAUUGAUAAAGAAGUUGUGCUCGCAAGGAAUAAUCCAUUAGGGCCUGCUCUACCACGAAAGCGCAGUUCAUUGAAAUUGAAAAAAACAUGGCGAUAAUAUACUUAUACAAGGACUGAGAAAAUAAUUUGUGACUUCCAAGUAGGCACAAAACAUUGAAAAAAAACUUUGA